AUGGCGGAGUCGAUAGUGUUAGCUCUGGAGAACGACAGUAUUCCGGCAUGGCUGCCAUCUCCUGAGAACCUAGUACUCGAAUGCUUAAAACACGGUGGUGGCCCCUCGAACAUCACCAUACACCAGCCUGAUGGCUCUGGUGCUGCUGUCGUCAAGUGGGGUCGCGGAGUGGGAAUGAGUGAGGCUCGCACUCAGGAUUUCCUCGCGAAGCAGGUAAACGAGGACAAUAACAGCGUCGUGCGAGUUCCGGUUGUUUAUCUUGCGUUCCGGCUCAACAAUGUGGGCUACAUUGCGAUGCAGCACGUCGGGGAUCGAGAUUGCACCAGGGACGACUUUCCUAAAAUUGCCCUAGCCGUCAAACAUCUUCAACGAAUCCCUAGUCCCACAUCGGCACCGGGGCCAGUCAACGGAGGACCUAUCAUGCACUGUCUGUUCUCAUGUUCCCUAUCCUCCGUGUCAUAUAGCUCGGUCGAACUCCUUGAGGAGCAUAUCAAUGCUCUUCUCGCCUCGAGAAGAUGGCCAUGGAGGGUGGAUUUUGCGGAGAAGGCCGGCAUACCGCUUUCGCUCUGCAUCGACGACCUUCAUUGGGGAAACUUUCGCAUCGACUCGAGCGGUCUGAUCUACUCCAUCGACCAUGCGAGGACCAACUUUCUUCCCCUCGCUUUUCGCCAUCUCUCUCUUGCGGAGGGCGAAGAACUGGCAAUGAUGCUGGAGGAGCCUGUAAAAGGCGCUGAAUCAUUGCAACUGUGGGCUAUGAGACUCGCAUCCGGAGCGUUUAAUAUGACCACCAGCGGCAGCAGCAAAGCUCUUCCUGAUUUUCUGCGUGAACUGGAGGGUGUUUAUUAUUCCCUUUUCGACUAG